CUGCAUCCCAGUACCUGGUGUCGCUUAGCGCCUGUUGAGUUCGCAAUUACACAAGAGUGACUUACUGUAGUACUAUUAAGUGGUUUCUAGGGUGGAAACAUGUACGCAACCCAUGCUGCUUUCUCCACUCCGUUUUCAGUGAAAGACAUUUUAAACUGGUCCGAAGCUCCCUGUGGACUUGACUACCAUACAAACAUGAAUUUCGCUCCCUCUGGGAAUUUCAAUAUGGACACUUCACGAUUUCUGACACCGGACAUGCAGCAGGCUUUCAGCGUGCAGCCCAUGCCACACAACCCUUCCUGUCUGUACGGGGGAGGCACCCCACCCUUGCAGCAACAACAACAACAUCACCAGGCUCUGCAAUCGCAGUCGCCAAUCUACACCAACCUGUCGUAUAGCCCCCCUUUGGCUGGCCUGGGUGCUUCCGUGAAGGAGUACGACUUCAGCGGUCAUGUGCUAACACCCACCUCGGCCGGUGCCCCGAUCAACUCUCUGGAGGACACCAGCAACCAGGAGGAAGACUCCAUUGAAAAAAUGAAGUCCACGUGUUUACAGCAGACUACCAGCCCUGCUUCCUGUCUACAGACGUCAACAGAGAGACAAGGCGCACUUCAGCACGCUCUUCCAUCAACAGGCAGCAAAAACACCUCCUCAGCCGUCACCGGCGGCAAUAGCAACAACAACAGUAAUACGAGUGGAAGUAGCAACGCCAAAACUAGUUCUAACAACAACAACAACAGCUCGUCUGACAAUUCGGUCUCUCGGUCUAAUUCGUCUAGUGGUGGUGACUGUCAGCUGAUGAAACAUCGCCAGAGGAGGAAACCCAGGGUUCUCUUCUCACAAGCUCAGGUGUAUGAACUGGAGCGGCGUUUUAAGCAGCAGCGCUACCUUUCCGCUCCAGAAAGAGAACAACUCGCACAGAUUCUAAAACUGACCUCAACUCAGGUCAAAAUUUGGUUCCAGAAUCGGAGGUAUAAGUGUAAGCGACAGAGACAGGACAAAUCCUUGGAACUGUCAACGAUGCAGCCUCCCCGACGGGUGGCCGUGCCGGUUCUAGUGAGAGACGGAAAACCGUGUAUGGGACAGAAUGUCACCCCUCAGUAUUCCGCUCCUUAUAAUGUCAACCCAUUCGCUUACUCUAGCCCUUCUUACAACAAUAUGAACACAAUGAACAUGGCUCCAAUGCAACAGUCAACGGGCUAUAACGUACAGCAGCAAAUUCACCAAGGCAUAAGAGCCUGGUAAUGAAGGGAUUCAGAGGGCCAAAGAACUGUGGUCAAAAGACAGUGUAGGCCUGUGCACACAGGCUGCUUAGGCCCCAUAUGCUCCUUGUUCUCGGGUGGUCUUCAGCUUAUCAAAGCCGAAAUUUCUGCUUAAUUUGAAAGCAACGCAAAGAGACCUUCAGAUAGGGGUCGGCCUGGUAAUGACGACGAAAAAUUACAGCGGUAAACGGUUUUCCUGAGUAUCUGCUUUCUGAAGGCAGUUUGAGGGAACGGGACGAGAUGGUGGUGAAAAGCUGGUAGCCUCACCUCUCCCCCUUCGCACGUACAGGACCGUGCCCCACCAAGUCCCCACCCUGAUCGGGGAUAGAUAGCGGGACAUCCUGGAACUCUAGGGUUUGUGCCAAAUUCUUUUCCGAAAUGAAAUGGUAUAUUUAGAAACCAGGAAUUUUAUUUGUCAGAAUCUGUUAAAUUAAGAAGAAAAUUCUGCAAUUUGUCAGUGUACAGCUGUGCCCCGUGUGAAUGAAGACAGACUAUGUAAGUGCACACCAUCACCGUAUAUCUCACGAUGAAAAUGACAUUGCAAUUCAGUUUGUGCAGAUGUUCAUGACAUAAGUUAUUUAUAUAAUACAUCCAAUACUGUUUUAGGACAUUGCUUCAAUGUUAAAUUGAUAUUUUGUCUUAAAUAAAUAUAUUUAGAGAUUUUUUACACAUGACACUGAGAAAAAUUGGUUGUUCGAUUAAUUUGAUUUAUAAAUUUUUAGUACGUAGCAAGGUCUGCAGCAUGUUGUGUGCUGGCAAACGGAACGUUUGCACGGAAUUGCCCGUUAUGCCUACGUCUUAUGGGCAUUUUCUUUACGGAUGUCCGGAAGAAAGUAUAUACACUGGCCUUCCAUCUUUAGAGCACUAGUUGAAAUAAGGAACUUCUCCGUAUGAGAUGUCCAUAUACGGUCUUGAACCCUUCAGGCCUUUUCUUGCAAGAUACACCUCCUCUUCCUACUGUCGGAGGGUGCUUGCUAACGCAUGAAACGUUUUUGUUUGUCAAGCAUUUCCCAUAUUUUACUUGCUUAUUAUCUGUAAUAACUAGGUGGUGACUGAUGUCAGUUUACCUGGUUUGAAUUAGAAUAAUAUUUGCCCUAUUUCGGAGAAGUUAUCAAUAGAAUGUUUUGAUAUGUCUCGAUCUUAUGACGCCUGUAAAGAGAAUAACAUUUUACUCCGACCAAUUUACGAUGCUUUCUUAGACUACUUUCCCUGGACAGAGGCCUCUCGCCGGGGCAGCAGACAUAAUCCUCCUCACAGCAGGUCCCAACCAACAGCAUCGGUACAUCCACGAUAAAGUUAAUAAACACUCACGGAAUGCCUGGAUCUAUCCUGACAACAGUUUUAGACGCCCUGUCCAUUUCGUGGUUGUCUCCACGUGACAGUGUUUACAAAGUAUCCAACACUAUCGGUUUGCUUUUCCAUUAUCCCAUUAAAUACUUAGAAAUGGUCAGAGAUAAAGCCGUUGGCGGUGUUGUUUUUGAAGUAAUAGUUUACACCUUGUGUAACGAUGUGUACACUAGAGGUAUGUUAACUGGAGGCGGGUAUCAGUACACAAUCAGGAUGCUAGUACAAAUAAUAAUAACCACUAAUUAUAAGUACUAAAGCUUAAUUACUGAAGUACCCAGGUUUCUUUGCUCCUCUGUGGGGGACAAAUACAUAUAAACAUUGCUGAAGCAUACUACCUGGA